CCGGCUAAAGACACGUCAAAAGCGCCUCCAUCUUAGAGAGGUCCAUCUUAUUGUUUUUAUUUGCAUUAAAUAUUGUUGGAAAUGCCAGUUCAAUGCGCAGCAUAUGGAUGUAAGAACCGUCGGAACGCAAAUCUAAGGAAACAAGGCGUCACUUUCCACAGGUUCCCCACUGAUGCUAAACUGAGAAAAAUUUGGGAGACUGCUCUCAGAAAAGAAGACUUUUCAGCCAGUGCUUAUUCAGUUCUGUGCAGCCAGCAUUUCACAGAAGAUGCCAUUGACAGAACGGGGCAGAUUGUUCGUCUGCGUGAAGGAGCUGUCCCAUCAAUUUUUAAUUUCCCGGCACACCUUCAGAAAAAACCUGUUAAACCAAGGAAGACUGUAACAUCACAGAAGGCUGCUGCUCCUUAUGAAGUUGUGGUGGUGAAAGCAGUCAGCAAAGCCAACAAAGAAAAAACAGAAACUCUGGUUUGUGAUGAGCAUUCAUAUGCACUGGAUCCUUCACCGAACAGAGUAAAAGACAGAUUGGCACAGGCUUUGGCAAACAUGGAGCGUCUCCAGCGUCAACUCCGCAAUGCCAAGGACAGAGAAAGGAGGUGCAGGACAACACUAAAGAGUGCCUUGGAUGACCUAAAACAGAGAAAUCUUAUCAGUGAUGAACUUCAUCAAAGGCUGGACAUGUAUUCAAGUCUUUAGAAGUGACUAUCUCUUGCUAACUUUGCAAAAAUUACACAGUGCAGCUUUAAAAGUGUAUCGAAUAAUUCAAAGAAGGGUGUAAAGCAGUAAGUGUAUUUGUUUAAAUGCUCCAUGCACGCCAUUCUCUUUGGAUUUUCUCAUGCUGGCCCUCCGUGUCUAACUAUUACCCCAGUAUGUGUACUGGGACCGGACAUUAUCUUGGAUUCUUCACAAGCUUUGCAAAAGGUUUUUUUUUUUUUUUUUGCCACAAUAUAAAAAAAAACUUUGUGUGGUCUUGUAAAAUAGCUUUAGUCUGUAAAUAUUGCCAAAUAAAUGUAGAAUAUUUUGUAGCUUUGUUUACUUGCACCCAUGCUGCAGCUGACCGGCUACUGAGGAUCUGAUCAGCUACCAGGGAUUAAGCAAAGCAGAGUUUGUUUAAGGAUAUGUGGCUUUAUCAAAUACAGGGUGGGUGAAAAUUAGUUAGGGAAUAUUAAAUGGCUCUAGAACUUGUAGUAUCACUGGAUGGUGCACCGCCCCAUUUUUCUAUUACUGUGCAUGAAUGGUUAGACCAGCAUUUUCCAGGACUUUGACUGGGACGACGCUGAUCUCAUGAAUGGUCCCUGAGAAGGCCAGAUCACACUCAAUGUGAUUUAUUUUUUUAUUUUUUCUCUUGUGGGGCUUCGCAAAGGAGGUGGUGUACAGGACAAAGCCUCGCACUCUGAAAGACUUAAAGGCACGGAUUCAGGAGGUUCUCCGCAAUAACCCAAACGGCUUCCUUCAGAAAACCGUGCAUUCCAUCUUCAGCGAUUUGAGAAAACUGGUUGACACCACUGGUGCCUACAUUGAAAUUUAAAGAUUUUCUUUCAUUUUUCUGGGAAAUAAAGUACAUACACAAUUUGUUUCAAUAAACUUGUAUUAGAAAUAUGGAUUUUACCAAUUUUUAAAGUUUCGUUACUUUUCACCCACCCUGUUCUAUACAAUUAAGAAGAAGGUGUAAAUAUAACUUGUAUAACAUGCAAAAACUGCCUGGCCAAAAUGUUUUUGUGUGGAUUUAAAUAAGCAAAGUCUUUGAUGACUACUGCAGUGAUUGUUUUAAGUGGCAACAAUUCUUCUAA